AUGUUUCCACUAUUAUUAUAUCUAUUUUUGUUUUUAUUCUAUGUUAUUUUGGUAGAGCGUAAGUCUCAUAAUCUUAAGGUCGUGAGUUCGAUACUCACCGUUCCCACCUUUUUGUACAUCUAUAUGACAUCUAUUACUAUAUUUUUACAUCUAUUAAACUUAUAUAUUCCUUUUAUUAUACUUUUAGUGUACACUCUAUUCUUUUAUAUUAUCUAUACUAUUUUAUACUAUUUUAUACUAUCUUAUACUACUUAUACUACUUAUAGUGUUUUAUACUAUGUAACUACUACUUCCUUUCCUUAUAUUCUUACUAUCCCUAUUAACUUUAUUACCUUUUAUUUACCUUUACUACCUUUACUACCUUUUAUUAUCUUUACUUUUGAUAUAUGUGUUCUAGAUAUCAUCCACCUCUGUACUUAUGUACUUAUCUGA